AUGCAGCCAGUCAUCGUAUUGGCUCGAAGGCGCAGAGAAGAUCCCAAGUCAACGGUGUCUCAUUUCUAUCGUGUCAGGGAGUUGGAUGCAGACCGUGAAGUGAAGAAGCGAGUGUUGGAAGAGAGUGGACUGAAUGAUGAGGAUUUGCCUUGGGUCACUGUUGUGGAUCCAUUUUUCGAAUACUGA